UACACAAUAUUUAGUUCAAACCGUUGUUGUUUUUUUGUUCUUUGUAAUUUUUAAUACUUUUUGCAACUGCUGCACUUUGCGCAAGUUGCACGCACUAACAACCUUUUGGAAAAUGGCCAAGCCAGGGCGAGCAAAAUUUUCAUUCGUUAAAAGUAAAGUGAUUCCCAAGAAGUUAGUCAAUUUGCAGAGCAAAAGAGAUCGAAAAAAGGUUGUCAAGGUUGUGACUUCCGGCGAAAGCCACAUAACUAGUACAGUGAGCAACCUGAGUCAUAGUACGGAUUCCGACGAGCAUAUCGCAUCCACCGCCCCAAGUGUCUGGAGCACUUCAGUACCCAUUCCUCCUUCUUCCCAACGAAGAAUGCCCAAACAGAAUGUUCGCAGAUCGGUGGUCUCCAUAAGUACGUUACCAUCGAAAAAGUCAAGUAGCGCAGUCAAAAGAAAAUUAUCUUAUAUUGACGAAGAGCCGUUUCAUUUAUAUAAGCUUAGGAAGCUGGAAGCCAGCGCGGAAACUCAGCUUAAAAUAGUUCAUUCACAUCCGCACUUAACUAGUUCUACGGACAGCGUGGAGGAAGCGAGCAAUCAGAGUGAUGGCGAUAAAAUGGACUCGGAAAUGGGAAAUACCUCGGAUCACGAAGGCCAGAUGAGUGUAUCCUCCGACUCGAACAUAAGGAUGCGCUUUGAUAUCCUCCAAACCCUCAGGAAUAUUCCCGAUUGGGACGAACUUAGUGAUAUCGGGACUUCGGAUCAGAAUCAGGGCAUCGAUAAGAGUGUGGAAAUGCAGCAGGUGCCGGGCUCGGAACUAGAACAGUUACAGAUUCCACUGGCCCGCAGGUCGUUGUCCUCGUCGGCGGAAAGCCUCAUUCCCAGCGAGACCAAUUAUGAAGCACCUUCCUCGCAAAACGAUGACGAUGUGCAAGGUCCGGAGAUACCAUCGCCCUCAGGAUUAGAGUCUGAUGACGAAAGCGAUUGGAGACGGCUGGGAAUGCAAUUCAAAUCGAGUCAUGUGGCCACUUUUAAGGACAUUACAUCUGUGUCCCGGUCCUCCAUAGCUAGCCUCAAUUCCAUCCGUACGACUCUUUCCAUCGGUCAACUGGUCCAAAGCUAUCUGGAUGGGCUUAUUGAGAAAGUUGUGGACAUAUUCGUUAAUUCAGAAUAUUUGCGGAAGAAAAAUCUGGACAAAAGUAAGCUAAUGAAUCGCCUGCUCAAGGAAGUCGACGAUCACCACUGGGAGAGCCACGACAACAAUUUGCUGACCAAACGCCUGGCCGAACACCACCUGCGUCGAUUUAAGUACUCCCUCGUAACGCCGAGCAGCAGAUCCCACAUCAACGAAUCCCAUCUGAGGCGAUACAUGGGUGCCCUAAACGAAUUGGAUCAUUGGCUUCACAGGACACGACAGGCUGAACAGAUGCACCUGGCUGAAAGGGAACGACUGCUGGCGGAAUUGGAGCGGAUGCAACUGGAGGACAACGAGAAGGUCGAGAGGCUGGAGGAGAUCUUCAGAAGCACCAUACUUCGGGGCACCCAACCGUCUGAACGCCUUCGCCUUGUAACGGAAACCGCUCUUAAACAUAUGAGAGCAAAACGCGAUGCGUUGUCUGCCACACGACUGAUUUUGAUCAUAAAGCAGCAUGACAAUUCCUACAUUAAAAAGAAAGUCGAUGAGAUUGAGGCGAUUUCUGGAGAGGUCAAAUUGGAAACCUAUCUGUCCGCGGAUAACGACGUUCAGCAGAUGGUAACCACUCUAAACCAUAAAAACGCUGAGCUGGAACGAAUGUGUACGCUGGUGAAAACCAAAAUCCAUACCAUUUCCCAUCUGCGAUGUCGACGGAAACUGCUGAAUCGCAGAUUCAGGGAGGCCAAAGAUGAGUUACGAGAAAGGCGGAAAAGGCAAAUAGCAUUGCGCGAUGAAGUAUAUAAUUGUAAUCUGACACACAAUAAACUUCUUGACCAGAUCAAAGAAGUCCGUCGUGAGGGUGGCAUUAUGUGCUAUCCCAAGUUGUUGGCCGAUUUUGAUCGGACCGAGAAGUUUAUUGCCAUCAAACAGGAGAGUAUUGAGGAACUGAAGACCCAAUAUGACAAUUUGCUGAGGAGAAUCGACAAGAUCGAACUAAAGAUUCUGGAGUCUAAUAAGAGUGAAAUCAUGUCAAGGUCGGAUUAAGUUUGUAUGUAAGAUGCAGGGGUCUUGGCCAAAAAAUAAAUCAAACAAAUCUUCAACAAA